CAGUCUGUGAGAUCAGAGUGUCCAGAUGGAGUGUGGCAGCAGCAGGAAGGUCACCAUCCAGCUGGUGGACGAGGAGGCAGGGCCCGGAGCCAGGGGCCCCCAGCCCUUUCGAGGCCAGGUCUACGAGGCAAUCCGAGCGGCCUGCCUGGAUUCAGGGAUCCUGUUCCGCGACCCUUGCUUCCCUGCUGGCCCUGAUGCCCUUGGCUAUGACAUCCUGGGACCUGACUCCGAGAAGGCCAAAGGGGUGGAGUGGAAGAGGCCCCAUGAGUUCUGCGCCGAGCCCCAGUUCAUCUGUGAAGACAUGAGCCGCACGGACGUGUGUCAGGGGAGCCUGGGUAACUGCUGGCUCCUGGCCGCCGCCGCCGCCCUCACUCUGCACCCCCGACUCCUGUGCCGCGUGGUCCCCCCUGGACAGGGUUUCCAAGAUGGCUACGCAGGUGUCUUCCACUUCCAGCUCUGGCAGUUUGGCCGCUGGGUGGACGUGGUGGUGGACGACAGGCUGCCCGUGCGCGAGGGGAAGCUGAUGUUCGUGCGCUCGGAGCAGCGGAAUGAGUUCUGGGCCCCCCUCCUGGAAAAGGCCUACGCCAAGCUGCACGGCUCCUAUGAGGUGAUGCGAGGCGGCCACAUGAACGAGGCCUUCGUGGACUUCACGGGCGGCGUGGGCGAGGUGCUCUACCUGAGGCAGGACACUCCAGGCCUCUUCUCUGUCCUUCGCCACGCCCUGGUCAAGGAGUCCCUUGUGGGUGCCACUGCCCUGAGUGAUCGGGGCGAGUACUGGACAGAGGACGGGUUGGUGAGGGGACAUGCAUAUUCAGUCACUGGCACACACAAGAUGUCCCUGGGCUUCACCAAAGUGAGGCUGCUGCGACUGCGGAACCCGUGGGGCCGUGUGGAGUGGACCGGGGCCUGGAGUGACAGCUGCCCACGCUGGGAUGCGCUGCCCGCUGAGUGGCGAGAGGCCCUGCUGGUGAAGAAGGAGGAUGGCGAGUUCUGGAUGGAACUGCAGGACUUCCUCCGCCACUUCAACACUGUCCAGAUCUGCUCCCUGAGCCCAGAGGUGCUGGGCCCCAACCCGGCUGGGGGUGGCUGGCACAUCCACACCUUCCAAGGUCGCUGGGUACGAGGUUUCAACUCUGGAGGGAGCCAGCCGAGUGCCGAAACCUUCUGGACUAAUCCUCAAUUCCGGCUGACCCUGCUGGAGCCUGAUGAGGAGGAGGACGAUGAGGAUGAGGAGGGACCCUGGGGAGGCUGGGGGGCAGGCAGGGCAGGGGGCCCAGCGAGGGGGGGCCGCAUCCCCAAGUGCACGGUCCUCUUGUCACUCAUCCAGCGAAACCGCCGGAAGCUGAGGGCCAAGGGCCUCACUUACCUCACCGUGGGCUUCCACGUGUUCCAGAUCCCAGAGGAGCUGCUCGGCCUCUGGGACUCCCCGCGCAGCCGCGCACUCUUACCGAAACUGCUGCGCGCCGACCGCUCCGUCUUCUGCGCCCGUCGCGACGUGAGCCGCCGCUGUCGCCUGAGCCCCGGCCACUACCUGGUGGUGCCCAGCGCCUCCCAGGAGGGAGACGAAGCCGACUUUACGCUGCGCAUCUUCUCAGAGCGAAGCCACACAGCAGUGGAGAUCGAUGACGUGAUCAGCGCCGACCUGGAGGCCCUCAUGGUCCCCUACAAGCCCCUGGAGCUGGAGUUGGCACAGCUGUUUCUGGAGCUGGCUGGGGAGGAGGAAGAACUCAAUGCCUAUCAGCUCCAGACCUUGCUAAGCAUUGCCCUGGAACCUGCCAGGACCAACAUCAGGCCCAACACCAGGACCCCUAGAGAGAUCGGCGUCAGGACCUGUGAGCAGCUGCUGCGGUGUUUUGGGCAUGGGCCAAGUUUGGCCCUGCACCACUUCCAACAGCUCUGGAGCCACCUGCUGGUGUGGCAGGCCACGUUUGACAAGUUUGACGAGGACUCAUCAGGGACCAUGAACUCCUACGAGCUGAGGCUGGCGCUGAAUGCUGCAGGCUUCCAUCUGAACAACCAGCUGACCCAGGCCCUCACCAGCCGCUACCGGGACAGCCGUUUGCGUGUGGACUUUGAGCGCUUCGUGUCCUGCGCUGCCCAGCUCACCUGCAUCUUCCGUCACUGCAGCCAGCACCUGGAUGGGGGCGAGGGGGUCGUUUGUCUGACCCGCAGACAGUGGAUGGAAGUGGCCACCUUCUCCUAGGGUGUUAGGUCAGGAGCACCGGCUGCUGGAGGCAGGGAGACGCAAGGCCACCUCUGCUCCGAGCCCUCCGCCCCCUGCCUGGAGACACCCGCCCUCACUGGGUGGCACCUGAGUAUGGCUGAGGCCUGGCCACCAGCGGCUGGCCGAGCGCCCCUCUGUGCACCUCAGUCUCCUUGCCUGCACACAGAGCCGGGGUCUGCAGGGCCCUCCUGGGCAGCUUGUGUGGACUGGGCCUGGCUCCCUGCUGGGAACGGAGGGGCCUGUGACACCCUCUUAUCUAACUCCCGGAUGGGAUGGAUGGGGACCAUGGGCUCCUGUACUUUUUUGAGAGAGAACAGAGACAGCAGAGGGAAGGAGGACACGGGAGGAAUCCUUAAAAAUAUUACAUGUUUUAUUAUCCUGUCCCCAAAAGGGUGGUUUAUCCAGAAACCAAGAAAAAAAAAAAAUCAAUCAGAAUAAACUCAAAAGGGGGUGGGGGGACCAUCAACUACCAGGCAGCCAGUCCAGCAGCCCACCUCCACCUCAGGAGGCCCCCAGAGACCCCUGCCCAACCCAAACAAGGAGAAAAAUCAGUGAGAGACCGGGGAGGGCAGCAAAUCAGCUAUGUCUUCAUUACGAGAGCGAGAGGCGGCAAAGAUAUGUUGCUAGGUGAAUAUAUAUUUAUAUAAUAAAUCCGUAAGUUAAUAAAGUAAA